GGUAGUUUCAGUAGUGUGUAUGUGUGGUGGGUCAUUCUAAAUUCUACGCCGAGAUUUUCUUUUCUUUUCUUUUUUAAUUUCUUCCGUUGCUCCCCCAUCAUUCUCUCUCUCUUUCUUUCCUCUCACUGUCCGUUUGAACCAAACAGUUUUCACAUGCAAAUCCGAAAAACAGAAACUCUUUUCUCUCACAUUCUCAAUUUUUUUUUUUUUAAAGAAGCUAAUAAUAUGAGCAGAGUGCUCAUUUCAUAUUACUACCGGUUAUGAAUCCCAACGUGGAGCCACCACUACCUCCAGCAUUAGCCCCGCCGCUCCAACCGCCGCAGCCCCACCGUCCUUCUACUUCCUGUGACCGCCCCCUGGAAGAGCAUUUUACUGGCUUUUGCCCCUCAUUGCUCUGCGAACGUCUCGCUGUUCUCGAGCCUUCUUCUUCUUCUACUGCUGCUGCUUCUUCUUCUCGGAAACCUCCCAUCGCCGCCACUACUUCCACCGCCACUGCCGCACUUAAAGCCAUUUUCAAGCCUUCUGGAGGAGGCGGUUCGCGACCCGGGUUUUUUCCCGAGCUCCGGAGAACAAAGUCCUUUUCGGCCUCAAAAAACGAGGGUUUCUCCGGGAUUUUUGAGCCUCAGAGGAAAUCUUGUGACGUUAGGGUUCGAAACACGCUCUGGUCACUCUUUUAUCAGGACGACGAGAGGAACCCACAUAAAAAAGAAGCAGCUGGAAACGGAAGGUCUUCUGAAAUUGUUGAAAUUGAAGCUCGAAAUUUGGCUUCUUCAAGUGUUGUUCAAGGUCCUGUUUUUGAAAGCAAAGAAGAAGACCAAACUGAGAGUGAAACCGAUCACGAAGACGACAUAGAGAUCAUAGAAGAACAACAAUCCAAUGUGGCCGUUGUUACUGCUAGUUUAAUCGAAGAGAAAGUUGAAGAAAUUGUGGAAGAAUACAAAGAGGAACUGUGUCAAGAAGAGGAGCUGAAGCCCAUGAAGGAUCAUAUAGAUCUUGAUUCGCAGACAAAGAAGGCUUCUGGGAGAGAUUUUAAGGAGAUUGCUGGGAGUUUCUGGUCAGCUGCUUCAGUUUUCAGCAAGAAGUUGCAAAAAUGGAGGCAAAAACAGAAGCUUAAAAAAAGGAGUAAUGGAGGUGGGUCAGCGAGAUUGCCAGUGGAGAAGCCGAUAGGGAGACAAUACAGAGAAACCCAGUCGGAAAUUGCGGAUUAUGGGUUCGGGAGAAGGUCUUGUGACACGGAUCCAAGGUUUUCCCUUGAUGCAGGGAGGAUGUCAUUGGAUGCAGCAAGGAUGUCUUUUGAUGAUCCAAGAUAUUCUUUUGAUGAACCAAGAGCUUCCUGGGAUGGGUAUUUGAUUGGGAGAACAUUUCCAAGAAUGCCCACUAUGGUUUCUGUUGUGGAAGAUGCUCCAGUUCAUCAUGUUAUGAGGUCUGAUACUCAAAUCCCUGUGGAGGAUCCGCCGGCAAUGAAUUCUAUUAAUGAGGAUGAAUCUCUUCCAGGAGGGUCAACUCAGACAAAGGAUUAUUAUUCUGAUUCUUCUUCUAGGAGAAGAAAGAGUCUUGAUAGGUCCAGUUCUAUUAGGAAGACUGCUGCAGCUGUAGUGGCUGAGAUCGAUGAAAUGAAGUCGGUUUCUAAUGCAAAGGUUUCUCCUGCAACUGUUGAUUACUUCCAUGGACCUAAACUUGUUGUGCCAGAUAGGGAUUCCAGGGAUUCAAACUCGAAUUCUUUGAGGGAUGAUUAUUCUGAGACUUUUGAGAUUGGCUUUAGAGACAGUGCGUCUGUGAUUGGCCACGGGGAGCGGAAAGGAUCGUCUAAAAAGUCAUGGAGGUGGAGUAAAGCUUGGAAUAUUUGGGGGUUUAUUCACAGGAGGAGUGCUAACAAAGAUGAGGAUGAAGAUAGGUAUAGUAGAGCUAAUGGUGUGGAGAGAUCGUAUUCAGAAUCUUGGCCUGAGCUAAGAGGGGAACGGAAUGGAGAUGUGAGAGGGGGUUUUAAUCCAAAGGUUUUAAGGAGCAAUAGCAGCGUAAGCUGGAGGAAUUCGAGCAGUUUUGGUGGUUCAUUUGGUGGUGCAAGGAAGAACUGUGUUGAGACAAAUGGGCAUAGUAAGAAGAAGAGAGAUGAAUUUGUGUUGGAGAGGAAUAGGAGUGCAAGAUAUUCACCAAAUAACCUUGAUAAUGGACUGUUAAGGUUCUACUUGACACCGAUGAGGGGCAGCCGGAGAGGUGGUUCAGGCAAAAGCAGGGCAAGCCAUGCACAUUCCAUUGCGAGGAGCGUACUGAGGUUGUACUGAAUUUGAGAUUCAUAAGGCGUUUCUUUGUUUUAAUGUUGUUAAUUUUGCUGCAUGUUGUGUAACCACACAUGCCUAUGUAUUCUUGCUGGUUGGUUGGAUAAAGAAAAGCACCCUAAAAUUGUUACCAUUCUUGUGAGUGGCAUGCUUCUUCCACUAUUCAAAUAACAAAAUUUCUGUGUUUCUUGUUUCUAAUCACACUUUGUUAAACGUUUUGAGUCUUUCCUUUCUUCUGUUCUCUUUUACCGGAAAAGGCUUGGACAUACAGAAUAUGUGCAGAAAAAAUAGAGAUGUGUUUCCCUUAGAUCAGUUUGGUUCCUGUUAUUUCUUUGUCUCACACAGAGUUGGCUGAUAGGUGGUGAAGGCUGCAAAUUAUUUAAGAGUAUGUUACUCAUGGCCUUUGACAUGUUGUGUACUGUUGUAGA